UUAAAAAGCUCCUCGAGCAGCCAAAAAACUUAGAUCAACUUUUGAGCCCAAUGGGAUCCCCAAAAUGUGUUCUUUUUUGGGUGUUAGUAAUUUUGAGUGUUGGCAGAGUGUGUAGGGCAACAAAGGGUGGUGUUGACGAGGAAGUGAGAACUCAAUGUGGGUUCACCAGAUAUCCAACCUUGUGUGUCCAAACCCUGACAGGAUUAGGGUCGGGGAAUCCAAGUUUUGAUAUCUUGUCUGCCCUUGUCAACAGGACUAUAUCCGAGACCAAGCUGCCUGAUUCCAAUUUUGAGAUCCUCAGCUACCAUUUCAUCUCCCCUGAAGCACAGCAAGCCCGAAUCGCCAUGGAUAACUGCCAAGAACUCAUGAGCAUGUCUGAGAAAAGACUGAAGCAAGCCCUGGAUGCCCUCCAGAAAUCUCCGAAGAAACAUAAGGCUGACAUUCAAGCAUGGCUAAGCGCCGCUCUGACAUUCCAACAAGAAUGCAAGGACUCAGUUGAGAAUCAUGUCCCGUCAAACGUGUACAUGGGAGAAAUCUACAAGAAAAUGGACUAUCUGUCUGAACUUGGCAGCAACCCGUUGGCCCUGGCAAACCGAAUCACUGGAAAAUCCCCGACAGGCGGCCGCCGACUUCUCGGGCAAGAAAGCUUCCCGAAUUGGGUGUCGGCAAGCGACAGAAAAUUGCUUCAGAGCACAGAAAUAAAAGCGAAUGCCGUCGUCGCGAAGGACGGAAGUGGGAACUUCAAAACAGUGUCGGAGGCCAUCGGGGCUGCGACGGGGAGCCGAUUCGUGAUAUAUGUGAAAGCUGGAACGUAUAAUGAGAAAAUCAACACCAACAAGGACGGGAUUACGUUGAUCGGCGACGGCAAGUACUCUACCGUCAUUACAGCAGGUGGCAGUGUGGGCAAGGGCGGCUCUUCCCUCCGAGGAUCUGCAACUUUCACAAUCACCGGCGACGGCUUCAUCGCCAGGGAUAUCGGCUUCCAGAACACGGCGGGGCCCGGAGCUGAACAGGCUGUGGCGCUGACUAUCUCUUCCGACCACUCUGUGCUCUACAGGUGCAGCAUCGCCGGCUACCAGGACACACUCUAUGCCCUCUCCCUCCGCCAAUUUUACCGGGAAUGCGACAUAUACGGCACCGUCGACUUCGUAUUUGGCAACGCCGCCGCAGUGUUCCAGAGCUGCACCCUCGUACUCCGCCGCCCCCGAAGCGGCGGCGCCUACAACGUGAUCCUGGCGAACGGCCGCACGGACCCCGGACAGAGCACGGGUUUCUCCCUCCAGAACUGUAAAAUCACCGUCGGGUCGGAUUUCUCUCCCGUAAAAAACUCAUACAACUCCUAUCUAGGCAGGCCCUGGAAAGCGUACUCGAGAGCGGUGGUCAUGCAGUCAAAUAUCGACGCGGCGAUUUCUACCCGGGGAUGGGUUGAGUGGCCGGGCACCGGAGGAUCCACGUACAAAACGCUGUAUUUUGCGGAGUACGCGAAUAUGGGCCCCGGGUCGGGGACCUCAGGCAGGGUGAAGUGGCCUGGAUUUCGGGUCAUUGGGACACCGGAGGCGUCGAAAUUCACCGUCGCUAGUUUCAUCGGUGGGAAUUCAUGGCUGCCGUCUACCGGCGUUACUUUCGUUUCCGGCCUCCAAUGAUUAAUUACUACGGAUAAGUCGUCGUGUGUUUAAAUAAUUAAAAAGCGACAAUUGUGAUUGAAGAUGAAGCAGGAAAAAGCGUAGUUAAUGCGAAGACGUUUUACUAUCUCUAAUCCUUCUCACCAUAUUU